CGAAGCUUCAGGUCGACCUCAUCAUCAUCUCCAUAGCAGCUCCAGGCGGCACACCCGAUCAUCAUCCACGUUCACGGCUCAUAUACUGCAACCACCAUACCCUAUCUUCGUUUCUCUUCCUAGAACCGCCUCUAUCUCCCCGUUCUUCAUCAGUCGGAGCUGUCAGUCUCCGAACAGCCGCCAAGAUGGUGCUCGAGGCUACCAUGGUCAUUGUGGACAACAGUGAAAGCAGCAGAAAUGGAGAUUAUACCUCGACACGAUGGCAAGCCCAGGUCGACGCCGUCAGCGUCAUCCAUACGGCCAAGAUGCGCGCACAUCCCCAGUCGGCCGUUGGUCUCAUGAGCAUGGGCGGUAAUGGCCCCGAGGUGCUCUCUACAUUCACAUCCGACUUUGGCAACAUCUUGUCAGGUCUGCAUGGGACUAAGAUCCACGGUACCCCUCAUUUCUCCUCUGCCAUACAAGUCGCUGGUCUUGCCCUAAAGCACCGAUCGGAGAAGUCUCAGCGACAACGCAUAAUCGUAUUCUCUUGCUCUCCCAUCGUGGAGGAUGAGAAGAGUCUGGUGAAGCUGGCAAAGAAGAUGAAGAAGAGCAACGUCUCGGUCGAUAUUGUCGCUUUCGGCGAUCUCGAGCCGGAAUCAACCAAGAAGUUGGAAGCUUUCAUCGAGAACGUGAAGGGAGGCGACGGCUCGCAUCUGGCGAUCAUUCCCCCGGGUCCCAACCUCCUCAGCGAAGAGCUUCAGGCGACUCCGAUCCUGGGUGGCGAAGGCGGUGCUGGUGCUGGAGAGGAUGUCGGCGAGGCCGGUGGUGCAUUCGGAUUCGAGGAUGCCGCAGAGAACGAUCCAGAGCUGGCUUUCGCUCUGCGGUUAUCUCUCGAGGAAGAGAAGAACCGACAGGAGAAGGAGAAGCGCGAGCGGGAGGAAGCAGAGGGCAAGGCAGCUCUGGAGAGCGUUGCCGAAGAAGGGCAGCCGCUUCUCAAUCAGAACGGCGAGGCCAGCGGCGAUAAGGAUAAGAAAGAUGGCGGUGACAAGAUGGACACGGCGUAGGGUCUCUAAUAUCAAUGCUCCGCCUUGAAUGACUUUGAUGCAUGAAUGGCGUUUCUUUUACUGUAUCUCUAGAAUAUGUCCUCGGACGAUCUCUGAAGCUCGGAUUGACUGGUCUAUUAUAUUAUUCGAGCCUACAGCAAGA